UUAAUGUAGCGAAUCCUACGCGCAGCUUUGUCAUUGCCAGCAGCCAGAGUUGACCCCGCCCAAUGCCUCUUCUCGAUUGCACGCUUAACCAGUUGAACGUGCUGGUUUUUCUUCAUCCGAGAGCAUUGAAUACAGCAGCAGGAUCAACUUCUUCCUCGUCCAAGACAAGCUCGGCGAGGCGUGUGCUAGUGCCAGAGAAGCUAAGCGAGACCAUUUCCCGUUCUUCCAGCAUGUUGAACUCAUGUGCACUCGACUUUUUUCUGCGAGGCAGAAGGACAUCGUCGGCUAGUUCUCUGCAUCUCGCUGAGCGAGCAAAGUGCCCUACUACGGAAGGAAGGGCCACAGUAAGCGAGCGGUUGGGAUUGCUUCCCAAGAAACUCCACCUCAUAUUCCAAGGGACCAAGAACCGUGGGCGGAAAUGGUUCUGUGCGAUCCGAUUGAGCGAGGAUGCAGGGCUUCUCCAAAUACGGCAUUCAUCUCCAAAUUUCUCUAGGAUCGUGCUUCCGAGCGGCCGUCGCAGAUGAUGAAUAGACAGCUCGCGCAGUCGAAAUUGCUUGAUUGCUUUCAUGAGAGCCACACCAGGGUGCUCGAUGAGUCGUUUCGGGUGACGCCAAACAAGUCGAUCUUGCUACUUCGAGGGAUUGGUCGCCCGGCUCAGGUUCUCCGAGCGAUGCGGCUAGGAGAGAGAUCAUCGGUUCUGUUUAGAAUAAAGAGCCUCGCAUAUCCUGUGGUUACUGAAAACAAGGCCGCGCAUGACGCUACU